UGUUCACUGAAUAAGAUUGUUUUGGUUGUGUGGUGCGAGAAAAGUUGGAAAUUUGUCGUAAUAAUCACAGUAAUUUCGAGUACAUUUGUGUAAAAAGUAGUCUAAGUGUUUUAUAAUGUGUUGAGAACAAACAAUUAUUAGUUUGCGUACAUUUUUUGCAAGCAGCCUAUUGACACCGAAUCAUCAUGAUUUACCUAACUGGUCAAAAUUUGACAUCAAAGGAGAUUAUCCAGAACAUUUUCUCGCCCAUCGUUGGAGCUAUAAUCUCUACCCAAGGAGAUGAGUUAUGCCAAAAGAACAACCUUUCUUUUGUGGAGAUGCUACAGCCGUUUUUACGGCUGUCAUCUGACGCUCAUUUCCGAGAUACCGCUGGUACUAGUGUAUCGAUAAAAGGUCUUCGCAUAAACGUAAUUGACGUUAACUGGAGACCACCACAAACGAUCUUGGCCAAGAAAAUGCUCAACGAAUCGGUCACCAGCGCUGCCGGCGAAAAACUGAAGGCCGUCAAGCUUGAAGAUGGAGCCUUUGUGGACAUUCCUGUUUCGGAACCUUGGUUCGAGCAGUGGCGCGAAACGUUUUUAACCGUACAGUUCCCUUCGGAUCACGAGUUCACUAGACAUUUGCUGUGCUCGUUAAUUGUGGUUUCCAGCAUCGAUGUGAAUCCUUUGGAAGUUGCCGGACAGCUGACGAAGAAGAUUCAAAUGAUGCAAAAUAUCACUCCUCCCCGUUUGCCUAAAUGGUUUUCGACAGAUUCCCUGAAUUGCUAUGUGAUGCUGCAUGAUGGAUGCUCCGGGGACAUUGGAAAAGCUCAGCAAGCGUUUGAGGGUCUCAAAUCAACUUACGGCGAUCACAAGUGUUUCUUGGUGCAGAUAAAUUCACACCAGGGUCCUCCAAUGGAAUGUCCCGACCCAUGGCUGCGCUAUUUGAAGAAACAUCAGCGAACGGAACCCACCGCUGCAGAAAUCGAUAGUGCACCAAAAACGCCACAAGAUAUGAGUUCAGUUACUUCUAUGCCAUCGACCCUGCUAACAGCGUCCAUUACACCGGGUGGUAGCAGUACGACUUCAGACACGCUUUCAGCUUCUUUAGUUACAACCGGAGAAGUAAUCGCACACCCUCUCAGUCCGGUGCAGGAGACUGGGAUAGAAAUUCAGGAAACUUCAAGUCUAACUUCCAGUAUAGACAGUUUGUCCCAGCAAACGAUAAAUCCCAACGUUUGGACUGUGGAAAGCGAUGUCGAUAUUGCGCAUGGAACAUUUCUUACAGCUGGAGAUCUGGAAAAUUUGAAGCACUUUGUGCAAGAUUUCGCAGUUCGCGCUUUGAUUCCAUACGUGGAAAAAUUGGUGGGAAUAUUGAAUGAUUCAAUUUCCAACAAAAAGGGAGUUAGCCGUUCACUGCUGAGCGCCACUAAGCGAUGGUUUGUGACGAAUAAACCUGGCAGUAACACUAACCAAAAUGCGGUUGUCUACACCAAUGAGUCGACCGAGCUUCAAACUCGAAAACUAGGAGAUCUGUACUUUAUGUUUGGACACUAUGCUCUUGCUUUUCAGUCAUAUCAUCAAGCAAAGCGAGAUUUCAACGCCGAUUCAGCCUGGCAGUACUAUGCGGGAGCUCUGGAAAUGGCUGCUUUGGCAGCCUUUAUGCAAGGUACUGCAAAUCGAAAAACCUACGACUACAUGGAGGAAGCUAUCGUUACGUACCUUAAUAGCUGCAAGAUGCCUCAGUUUGCUACCCGCGCUACGCUGCUUUCACUUGAAUGUCUCAAAAUGGCUAAACUUUAUAAUGAAGCUGCUAAACAAUUAAUUCGUAUGACUAGUGAAGAUUCCGAUCUUCGUUCAGCUUUGCUGCUUGAACAGGCCGCGUAUUGUUACUUAUUGGCCACGCCCCCACAGUAUAGGAAAUAUGCGUUCCACUCUGUACUCGCAGGUCAUCGUUUUUCUAAAUCUGGCCAGCGAAAGCAUUCUUUUCGAACUUACAAACAAGCUUAUCAAGUGUUCGAAAACCGAGGCUGGAGCUUGGCGGAAGAUCACAUCCAGUACACCAUCGGCAGGCAAGCAAUUAAUCUGAAAAAGUUAGAUGAAGCUAGCAACUGUCUGUCCCAUUUACUAAGACCUUCCAGCUUGCAAAGCGCAGCCCAGCAAGCGUUUUUUCUUAAAGAUUUUCUGGCAACACAAAAAGCAAUACUCUGCAAGGGUGAGCCGAGCGACAUUCUGACUAUUUUACUUCCGAAAAUCGUUCAAACAUCGGUUAGAGUUCUAGUAACAUCGCAACCCCCGGUCGCAAAUCCGUUGUUCAUUCCGGCCACUAACCUAACUAUUGCAUCUAGUUUAACGGAGGAAAACGUUUGGAACAAGAUGGAGGAAAUGUUAGUUCAAUGUGCUUCAAAGAAAUCGGUCAUGAUUUUCAAACCGAGCAGAGCGUUGUUCACGCAGGAAUCCCCCACAGUAGACAAUCCCCGCGCUGUGCAUGGUGAACCAAUAGAGCUUGCAUUCAAUUUGGAAAAUACGAUCAAAUCACCCAUCACGUUCGGAGAUAUAAACGUGCUGUGGGAGUUCCGCAAGGACGGCCAGGAUAUUUUUUCGAACAAGCCUUUAUUUUUGGGAGAAAUAAGCUCUGAACAGCGUAAGGAGAUAGACAAUGUCGUUACGACGACAUCCGUCAGUUCAGUUCAAUUCGGAGAGCAUGAAGUUAAAACUAUUUCCCUCAAGCUGAUCCCUAGGAGCACAGGACAGCUACGAAUUUUGGGAGUUAUUGGAAAGAUUUCAUCCAAUGCAACCGGUGUUACAGAUGCUCCAAAUAUUUGGGGAAAACAACUGUUUGAAACUGCCUCUAUACGUUCGACUGCCAAGGAUAACCGUGCCGCUCAAUUUGACCGGAAGCUUGAAAUAGAAGUACUUCCUCCUGCUCCAGCUCUGCAUGUCAGCUUCUCGCAAACUCCAAUGGAAAUUUUAGCCGGAGAAGUAAUUCCGAUCAAAAUCAAUAUGACCAAUACGGGUGUCAGUGUGCUCAACGAUAUCUACAUCUGUAUCGAGAACCCACGGUACGUGUUAGUCAAUCCAGAGGAGUGCGAAAUUCCGCUUUCAGUGUUAAGGGAUUUGCGUAAUUUGAGCAAUGAAAAUCUCGGUAAAGAGAAAGAAGCACGAAAGCAGUAUGUUUUCAGAGCUUUCAAAGAGUCCGAAGGUAACAGCAUCCAUCCGAAGGAAACGAAGGUCAGUACCAUUUGGCUGCAGGCACCAUACGCGAAGGGUCAGAAGAAUGUCAAGCUGUUGAUUUUUUACGGUCUACCCGCGGAUUAUCCAAAAUUAAAGCACCGUCUCGUGCGGCACACUUGGAGUUUCAAUGUAAACGAAUCGUUACUGGUAGAUGCGAAUUGCAAUAUUAGUAAUCCGGCCACCAAUGAGUUGGGAAUCGAUUUAAAUGUAAAAAAUCUGAAUCAGGUCCAUCAUCCGCUAAUGACCGAUAUCACCGUUAAUGAAAUCGUACUCUACUGCUCCAGCUAUCAAUUGAAUCCACGUAAAAUUAUUUAUAUCAAAAAUCCCGGUUAUCAGAAGCACUUCGUCGAGAACGUGGGGCUGAAAACGAACGAAACGCUCAGCUUACGUUGUAACUUGCAGAAACGUUCGGACGAAGUUAAGUUCGGAGGAAACAUUCGAGAGUACAUAAGUGACAAACUGUCCACUAUUUCCAUUCGAGCUCCCAGUGAAGAUAUGAUCCAAUGUUUGCCGAACUUCCAUUCCACUGGAAGUUUUCUGAUGAAAAACGAAACCAAAUAUAUUCGCGUCUAUGAGAGCACGAACAACGAAGAGUUUAAUCAGAUCAUUUCGAACUUGGAUCGCCACAUGACGAUAAGUGUGAACUGGAGUGCCCACAUAAAUGACAACGGAUCAUCUCGCUUAGCCUAUGGGCAGCAUUUUGUGCAAUUGAGAAAUUUAUACGAUCCAGUAUUUUGUCCCCCUUCCGAGCGGCAUCAGCAAGUUAUAUUUACCCACAACGAAGUCAUAUACAGUAUCUUCGAUGAUCUGGAACAAGUUAUACCUAAGCAGGAUCCUGAAAUGGAUGACGGUUGGGGUAUCAAUAACAAUUUCGUUGCACAGCGAUGUUUUCUGGAGGAGAUCGGACACCCAAUGGAACAAGUGACAAAUGUGUAAAAUCUACACUCAUUCCCAUCCGCUCGUCUUUGUGAUUUUUUAUUUAUAUCAAAUUGGUGUAAGCUUACAA